AUGACGGUAUCAGUUGUUGGACUUGAACGUGCGCUGGAGCAGUAUGUGACUGGCGCAGACUUUGACAAACCGUUCGACCUAAAAGUGGUUCCAAUCUCGACACUCCCAUUGACCGUAACGGAAGUAAAGAAACCGUCUUUGUCGGUUGAAACAGUUCCAGAAAGAAAGGAAGAAAAAGCUUCACGUCAGGAUAUCUACGCAGAACAGCUAGCGGCUAUCCCGGCGUUCACGAACUUGGGCCCACUAUUCCGAUCAUCACAACCGGUGGCACUAACUGAUGAGAUUACUGAAUACAGUGUAUCAUGCGUCAAACAUAUCUUCCCACAACAUGUUGUUAUGCAGUUUGAUUGCAAAAAUACACUGAAUGACCAGUUGCUGGAAAAUGUGCACGUCGAAUUGGAGCCAACGCCUGACACAGUGGGAUGGGAUGUAGUGCUUACGCUGCCGUUGGAAAAGUUGCCUUUUGGGGUGCAAUCGACCACAUACAUUCUGCUUAGAACACCGGACGAUUUUCAUGCAACUGGAUUAUUUGGCGCCACUUUGAAAUUUCAAGUCCGUGAUGUCGAUCCAGCAACAGGAGAAUUUGAAAGCGAUGAGAGCUAUGAUGAUGCAUUCGCGCUAGAAGAAAUUGAAGUGACUGUCGCUGAUAAUGUGCAACCAGUGCAACGAAGUAACUUCGCUGCAAGCUGGGAACAGAUGGCUAGCAAAGUCCAGGUGGACGAAACAUACGCUUUAUCAGCAGUUCACUCCUUGCAAGCGUUACAAGUCAAAAUUUCAUAUCGCACAUUUUGUGAUGAGCCGACUGAUAGCUUUUUGACACAGCGACCACUCACCGGUUCAUGGCAAGCAGCAUCAGAGCAAGAACUUUGCAGCAUAUGA